AUGAAACUCCCAAACUCCAUAAACCAAGCAGCUAACAAAUUUGUUGCAAACGUGGAAAAUCUGUUUUCGUUACGUAAUGAUCAAGAAAAGAAAAUGAAUUCAAAAAUUCCCCUCUUGAGUGAUCAAUAUAUGUGGGGGAAUUGUCCGAAUUGUUGGGUUUCUUUGAGGAAUGAUAAGAUUAAAACCGUAACCACUGCCGAGUGCCCGUGUUGUCACCGGUUAUUCUGCCCAGAAUGUAAAGAUCCAUGGUACGGAAGACAUAAGUGUCAACCAUUCCAAGAAAGAGAAAACAUGCUUGAUAUUGAUGAUGAAAAGAAGUCGGGAAUUCUCUACUCCGGUGAUAAUGAUGAAAUGUGGUUGAAUUGUCCGUUCAAUGAUUGUUCAGCUUGGUUGUUAAAAGAAGAGAUUAAAAUAGUGACUAAUGCCAAUUGUCCAUGUUGUCAUAGACGUUUUUGCACACAUUGUAAAAUUUUGUGGCGUUCGGGACAUAAUUGUCAACGAUUUCAACAAAGACAAAAAAGACUUUCAACGAUGAGAAAAUCUUUCUUUCAAGAUUGCGCCAAUGAAAAGAAGAAGCAAAAAGUUACAUUCGCCAUUAAUCAAAAUUCGAAAGGGAUUUUGAUUAAAAGCUCAUAUAAUGCGAAAAAGAAGAGGAAAAAAGCAAUUGAGACGAGUUAUGAAUGUACUUUACCAUCUCCAAAAUGUGGUAUAUGCUUUGAUUUAAUCCAAGAUUCUGAUAUUGUUAGAGGAAGUACCAAAUGCAAUCACACAUUUUGUUCCGAUUGUAUAUCUAAGCAUGUGGGUGACCAGUUAAAGGAAAAUAUAAUUAAAGUUUUUUGUCCAAAUUUGGGCUGUUUCAGGGAGGUGAAGCUGCAACAUUUGCAACACAUUUUGCCUAAAGAAGUCAUUAGUCGAUGGGAACAUAUGAUUCUUACAGUGUUUGGUGGAUUUAAAUGA